AUGUCUCGAAAGAUCGAUAAGCUACCCGAGCCCGUGACCAAACGGGCAAUCAAACUGAUAGUCGCGAGCCCUAGCCGAACAGGCACUCUAGGACUUUACCGAGCAUUGCAGGUCCUGGGCUUCAAACCAUAUCACAUGUUUGAAUGUGUCAUUGUAAACGGCGUGCCCCACAUUGAGGUCUUGCAUGAGGCCGUUCUAGCCCAGCAUAACAGGUUCUCUGGCAUAACACGAUAUUCUAGAAAUGACUUUGACAAGUGGUUCGCAGAGUACGACAAGAGCUUGGUGGAAAUCCCAGCUAUGCUAGGUCCUGCGGUUAUUGAAGCUUAUGUGGAAGAACCUGAGGUAAAGUUUCUCCUCGUCGAACGAGAUCCUGCGAAAUGGGCCGCUUCUAUCAAUAAUACCGCCGGUCCUAUUAUCAAACAAGCCAGGAGCUUCCCCCUCAAUAUUCUAAAGUACUUCGACCAUGCGUUGAAUGUGUUUUUGAGUCAGUCAGUGCUUGUCUAUGAUGUCUUAGCCGACAGCACGUAUCCUGGUGGGCCUGGUAAUGAGGCUGCUUUGCAGAGGAAUUAUACGGAAUAUAUUUCGAUGGUCAAAAAAGCAAUUCCGGCCGACAGACUAUGUCAUAUUAGGCUUGAAGAUGGGCUAGGCUGGGAGCAGAUAUGUCCUUUUCUAGACGUACCUAUUCCGGACCAGGAAUACCCCGAUCGCAACGAGCCAGCCAGAUUCCAGGCCCUUGCUGAAGGAGUCGUGCAGCCUAUGUUUAAGAGAGCGAUCAUGAGAGUUGCCAUGGUCUGCAUUCCAGCUCUUGGGGUUUUAGGAUGGGGAAUUAUGAAGCAUGGCUUUGUCGCGGGCAAUUACCUGACGGAAGCAUCACAUAGUUGGCAUUCCUUGCUGUAA